AUGUUUGAGGUUUUGAGUUAUGUACGCCACUGCGACGCUGAUUAUAUGGUAACUGGCGGUACUGAUGGAAUUGGCAAGCAGUACGCGAUGGAGCUGGCGCGGUUGGGCAUCAACCUCGUCAUCAUCAGUAGAAACCCUGAGAAACUAAAAGCAGUGGCGAACGAGAUCGAGAAAAAGCAUAGCGUGAAGACCAAAGUAAUAGUAGCCGACUUCAGCAAAGGAGCUGAAAUAUAUGGUCAUAUCGAGACUGAACUCAAGGAUAUACCCAUCGGCAUACUAGUAAACAACGUCGGCAUUAAUUAUGAGUACAUGAUGCCCCUCUGUGAGCUCCCUCCUUCGAAGUCUUGGGAGCUCAUUAAUGUAAAUGUAGGGGCAGUCACCGCCAUGACCAGGCUGGUCCUCCCUGGGAUGGUGGAACGAGGAAGGGGAGCCUUGGUCAAUGUGUCGUCAGGAUCAGAGCUUCAGCCACUGCCGUUGAUGACUAUUUAUGCAGCUACCAAGUCGUACGUGUACAGCUUUACUCACGCUAUCCGUGAGGAGUACUCCUCUAAGGGUAUCUUCAUCCAGCAUCUCGCCCCCAUGUUCGUCUCAACUAAUAUCAACGCCUUCUCAAAGCGGUUACUAGAUGGAAACCUAUUCGUACCUGAUGCAGCUACUUACGCCAAAUAUGCCGUUUCUACACUUGGAAGAGUUCAGGAUACGACCGGUUACUGGCUUCAUGGCAUACAGUACUUUUUUAUCAAGAUAGCUCCUGUAUGGUUCCGGACAAAAUGUGGUGCCAGGUUGAACGAAGAGUUCCGCCAAGAGUACAUGGAAAACACUAAGACGAAAUCUAACUGA